AUGAGCCAGUUACCCAACAGCAUCGAGCCAAAUGUUAUUGAUGACGAAAUGGUUCAGAAAGCCAUUGAAGGGGAGUAUCCAGAGGACCUCAGGGAGCUCGCCAAGAUAGAUGGUAUUAACUUCAAGGAGGUGACAGAGCUACAUCUUAGUUUUAGAAAUAUCCUGCACAUUGAUAAUAUGUGGCAGUUUGAGAGUCUGACAAAACUGCAGCUGGACAACAACAUCAUUGAGAAGAUUGAAGCUCUGGAGACUCUGGUUCACCUGGUGUGGCUGGACUUGUCCUUUAACAAUAUUGAAGUAAUUGAGGGCCUGGACACCCUUGUCAAGCUGCAGGACCUCAGUCUCUACAGUAACAAAAUAUCUAAAAUGGAACACAUGGACACAUUGCAAGAGCUGCAGGUUUUCUCCAUUGGGAAGAACAACCUGGCUGUUCUGGAAGAUGUGACCUAUCUCAGGAGGUUUAAACACUUACGCUCGCUGAAUCUGUCGGGGAACCCUCUUUGCCAGGAUGAGAAGUACCAGCUCUUUGUUGUUGCUCACCUCCCAGACCUGCUGUAUUUGGAUUUCAAGCUUGUGCAUGACACCACGCGAGAAGCUGCAGAUUUUAAGUAUCAUGAUCGCAUUGAGGAGCUGAAACAGGAGGAGGCUGAGGCCCUGGCUCAGCUGGAGGAAAAACAGGCCAAGCAGAAAGAGCUGGAAUACCACCAGACGGCGUUUGUUGAGUACCUGAACGGAUCGUUCCUGUUUGACCACUUGUUUGCAGAGGAUACAGAAACUGCCACACUGGCUGACCUCCCUGAAGUGGCUGAGCUGCUGCAGGCAUACAGAAAGGAGUUUGUCUUAGUUUGUAAGAACCUGUUUAACAUUGGUUUGAAGGAGUAUGAAAAAAGAGAAGCUGAAGUCUCCAAUUUCCAUGGAAGACUCCAGAAAGUACUAACAGCCAACCAGCAAGAAGGCAAGAAAAUAAUCCUAGACUUUGAAAAUGACAGCAAAAGGAGGCUGGAUGAGAUUGAUAAUACCAGGAAUCAGGAUCUUGUUGCAUCCAAACGAGCUGAGUACAAGGAGGAGAUAUUGCAGCUCUCAGAAGUUCUCAUGACCUUGGAAGUGCAGCUAACUGACCAGGUGGAGGAGCUAAUAACAGAGUUUGGAGAAAACCUUGCUGCCUUAGUAUCAACAUUCAUUGAAAAUGUUAAAGAGUUCAUGAUCCAGUGCCAGGACCUGGAAAACCAGCACCAUGAAAAGCUGCUGGAGAUCUGCAUCACCAUGCUGGAGAAAUCAGCCAGGAAUGAGCUUGAAGAGGAUUUGCCAGCUGGUGUCCGAGAGCUUCUCGAGGACAAAACCACCAUUGUUAACACCCUCAACAUGUCCCACAGCAUCCGCCUGCGGAGGAUUUAUAAGAGAGACAGCGACAUCCGCAGCAGCACCUACCGCUGGCAGGGCUCUGUCCUGAAGAAGGCUUUCCAAGACGAGAUCGACAGAAACCGCGACCGUGUCAAAGAGGUUGUUCAGUACAUUGACAAUCUCCUGGAGGAGCUGCAUACCAUGGAGAUGCUGGACCUGUUGGAGUAG